AUGACCCAGUUAAAGCCCCUAGAAUCUUUCUGCGCUGUCACUAUCAUCCCAUCUUUCUUUUCAUUGAAACUUAUCUCAAAUAAUUGCUUAUUUUUUUUCAUCGAAGCAGUUAAAAAAAUAAAAAGAACACGAUGAACUUUCAACUUUUCUGAGUAUUUUUGACUCUGAAAAAACAAUUUGAAAAAAAUUUCAGAUUCUGUACCUUUUGCUGACGGGACUUGCCGGUUGGGGACUGUCGGACACUGCGGCCAAUGGUGACGUCACUCACUACAACUCCUGUGAACUUGAAGCUCAGGGAAAAAUUAAUGCCGGUAAGUUUCUUUGAAUAGAUUUAGAGAGAUUUUUAAAUUUCCCUUUUUUCAAUUCUUGUUUUUAGAUGUACUAUUGUCUUAAGAUUAGAAAUAAAAGUUUGAAUUGUUCUUUUUUCAGUAUUUUUGUAUACCUUUUUUGGUGUCACUUUUUCUUAUAGCGUUUCGAGCUUAUCAAGAGCACAGUUUUCUAGAGAAAAAGUGUGGAAAAUUCAUGAAAUAUCAUAAAAAAUUUCCUAUUUAAUUUUUGAGAAUUUGGUAACUUCAAACAAUCAUAACUUUGUAUCUUAUGUUCUUAUCAAACAGUUUCUUAUAAUUUCUGUCUUAUAUGAUGUUUUUCGAAUUCCUGGAUUUUUUGUUUUGAAUAAUUCUCAUUUUUGCACAGCUUUGUAGCAAAGCCAGGCAAGCUGUCUGCACCUUGAAAUAUAGCUUUAAAAAUAUUGUGUUUUUUUAAAUUAGACUACCAUAAACUAUCUAGGUUUUUAGUUCAGUGAAUUGAAAAUAUUCCCCCUUUUUGAAAUUUAACUCAAGCAUUUCUGUUCCAGAAAACCGGAAGUUGACUUUUUCGGGCGGCAGGACCGUAGUCGUCGUUGAAGACUCGACCUCUUACCAUUGCUCGAUCGGUCUUUACACAGAGGAAUUGAAAUAUUCGGCUUCUCGUUCGUUUUUUUUUUCCUUUUUUUUUCCUUGAAAAUAUUCGAAAUCGAACAAAUUGGACAAAAAAUAAAUGUUUCAGCCCGCUACACCCAUCUUUGGCUCGAUGUCUUCCUCUACGUUUCUUUGAUUCUCGCUUCUGUCCUCCUUCUUAUUGGUGAGCUUUUUUUUUUGCUUGAAGCUCAAUUCUCUUCAUAAGUACUACUAAAAGUUUCAUAAAUUUAAGCUAAAAAUUUGAUUUCACGGGCUCUUUUAAAUUCAAAUUAUUCUUUAAUGCUCAAUUUGAACUCUCUUUCACAAAAACCUUCUGAUAUUGGUCCCAUUUGAGACUGUCAUUUAAUUUUUUUCCAGAAAAAAAUCAGGUUAUUUUGUUUAAAAAAAGUACCACCGUGCUGCCCUUUAUUAGCUAUGUCAAUUUUUUUCUGAGCUCACUUCAGGUGAAUCCUGAGGUGAUUUAUGGGUGUUGCAUUUUUGGGUCUUCAGCUCUGAUCAGAUAUCAUAUUUAGUAGCCUAAGUUCAAAAGUUAUCAUUUUUUGAAAAAGGUAAUUUUCUCAAAGUUUCUUUCUCACUGAAAAGUUUGCGCAAGCUUCUGUCUUCACUCAAAGACGGAAAUUUAAGGACUUUGCAUGUACAACCAGUGGCUGCUGGUCCCUUGGCUCAUCCUCAUGGCGAUCGAUAUCGUCCGAGGUCUCAUCUCUGUCUUUUUCAUCUUCUGGUUCAGCUACGUACGUCCCGAAAUCUGAAUAAGUUCAUGAAAACUACGUUCUUAGGGAAAUCUGGCCAGAAUCGCUACCGGCAUUUUCUUCCUCGGCCUUCAGUUCUUCCAUGUUCGUUUUUUCUUCAAAGAGAACAACUAACUGCAUAUGCUCAUGAUAACAACUGAACGAUUUGCAGAUCUCGCUGCUGUUGAUCAUCAUGGCGAAAUUCCAACGUAUUCACAACCGCAGAAAUGGAAUCCCAGACAAGCAUGUGAGUUUUUUUUUCUUCUCAUAGCAAGAAGUCUCAUUUCAUUUUUUAGACUCAUUCCAUACACAGGGUAAUAUUUGAGUAAUAUUCGAUUUAUCGCUCCAUUUUUUACUUUGAAAAAAUACGAUGAGACGUUAUUUGCUCGUUUUUUUUUGCCAUGAAGCACACAUUUAAAUUUAGAUAUGGCUUUUUUAGCUUCUUUGUUUUAUGAGCCGUUUUCGAGUUUUUUUUUCAAAGUCAAAAUUUUUUCCUUUUUUAAUGAAUGAAAUAUUUCUUUUACCGUUUUUAUACAAGCUUUAUAGUUUUUCAUCAUUUAUUUUAAUCAUUUUUUUAAAUUUUCUUUUUCCUGUUCUUUUUUUUUGUUCUUUGAUUCGAAAAACAAGGCCGAAAGACUUUCUAAUUAUCUCCUAUUUUUCUCAACUUUAAAAUUUUCAGUGCUAGAAUUUUUCGAUUCCACCAGUUUCAAGUUUUUUACAGUAUGACGGCCGCCCUUACAACUCUUCGCGUGCUCCAUCGGCCUUCGAGCCGCAUGCAGCGCAGCCGCCGCGCCAGGAGUUCUACGAUUCGCACCGCCCAUUCCCGCCACACCCGUACGACAACCAGCACUAUCGAUGA